ACAAAUCAAUCAAUAGUAAAAAAUUAUAACAAACAUUUGUUUGUGGUUUUAUAAACAGUUAGCCAGAAAUUUGAUAAUACUUAAACAGCAAGUACAAUAAUAAUUACGUCAACCCUCAAAAAUAAUUUACCAAAAAAAAAAAAAAAAUCAACAUCAAAAAAUAAAUAACAAACGUGUUUAAUAAACAAACAUUUAAAAUUCCACAGUAAUUUGGAGUGUAAUACAUAUUAAUUAAUUGUAUUGAAAAAUACUAAAUAUUGUUAUUGUUAAAGUGAAGUGAAAGAAUAAACAUCGAUCGCAACAAAAUGAAGUUAAAUCCGGCAUCUGAUCAUGUGUAUUUUAAUGAUGGUUUUAAAUGUUCCUCCAUAAGCAUAACAACGAAUUUGAAUGAAACAAAUGCUGCUGACAGUGGAGGAGCUGCGGCUAAUGGUGAUGGUUCUCAAGGAUCGAAUGAAUUUAUAUUAACCGAAGAUGGCAAAAAAAUAAUACCACCAGCCAAAACGAUAGAAUGUGCCAGAACCUGGUUGCAAGAACGUUCGAAAAAAACCUUUAAUAAGAAAACUCUGCACAAACGUUUGCCUAUUUUAAAAUGGUUGCCAAAAUAUAAUUCCGAAGAUGCUGUGGGAGAUUUAGUGGCUGGUAUAACGGUGGGUUUAACUGUUAUACCACAAGCUUUAGCUUACUCGGGUAUAGCGGGAUUACCAGCAGCAUAUGGUCUUUAUGGUUCAUUUCUGGGUUGUUUUGUUUAUAUAUUUUUGGGCAGCUGUAAAGAUGUUCCCGUUGGUCCUUCAGCCAUUGUGGCUCUGUUAACCUAUCAGGCUGCUCAGGGUUCUUGGCAAAGAUCAGUGUUGCUAUGUUUAUUGUGUGGCAUAGUGGAGUUAUUAAUGGGUGUUUUUGGUUUGGGCUUCCUAAUAGAUUUCGUAUCGGGCCCAGUGUCAUCUGGUUUCACCUCAGCCGUUUCGUUAAUCAUAUUAACUUCACAAAUUAAAAAUAUAUUGGGUAUAGCAGCAAGAGGUUCAACAUUUAUAGAAAUUUGGGGUCAUAUAUUUGAUAAUAUAAAAGAUAUUAGUGCCACCGAUACCAUAUUGGGAGUAACGUGCAUAGUUAUACUACUAAUGAUGAGACUUUUAUCUUCUUAUAAAAUUGGACCUAAAGAUCCUGAAUUACGCUCUAAAACCCAAAAUGUUAUUAAUAAAAUUAUCUGGGUUAUUGGUACUUCUCGCAAUGCUAUUUUGGUUAUAGUAUGCUGCAUAAUGGGUAUUCUAUUGCAUAAAGAACAUGAAGGUACUCCCUUUAAAGUUAUUGGCUAUAUACCACAAGGUUUGCCCAGCUUUGCUCUACCACCUACACAUCUUAAGGCCAAUGAUACGAUUACCGGCAAAGAGGAAACUUUCUUUCAAAUGGUUCAUAGCAUGGGUUCGGGUUUGAUUGUGGUGCCUUUGAUUUCAUUAAUGGAGAAUAUUGCUAUUUGUAAAGCUUUUGCUAAUGGUAAAACUGUGGAUGCAUCUCAGGAACUUAUUGCUAUUGGUGCUGCCAAUAUAGCAAAUUCUUUUGUUCAAGGUUUUCCCGGUACCGGCGCUUUAAGUCGUGGUGCUGUUAAUAAUGCCAGUGGUGUUAGAACGCCCUUGAGUAAUAUCUAUUCUGGAGCUUUGGUUAUUAUAUCGUUGAUUUUCUUUACUCCCUAUUUCUAUUAUAUACCUAAGGCUACAUUGGCUGCUAUUAUCAUAGCAGCUGUUGUCUUUAUGGUGGAGGUGCGUGUCAUUAAACCAAUGUGGAGAGCCAAAAAAAGUGACUUGGUUCCCGGCGUAGGCACCUUCAUAGCCUGUUUAGUAUUGCCUCUGGAAAUGGGCAUACUCAUUGGUGUGGGCGUCAAUGUUAUUUUCAUACUCUAUCAUGCAGCUAGACCAAAAUUAACCACAGAAAUAUUAACCAGUCCGGCUGGUAAUGAAUAUCUUAUGAUUACACCCGAUAGAUGUAUAAUUUUCCCCUCUGUGGACUAUGUAAGAAAUUUGGUGAAUAAGCAAUCUAUGCGCAAUAGCAUACCAGUAGUCAUAGAUGCUUCUCACAUAUAUGGUGCCGAUUUUACGGCUGCAACUGUUAUUGAAUCGCUGCUAAAGGAUUUUGCUCAACGGCAACAAUUACUAUUCUUUUACAAUUUAAAACCAAGUAUUUGUGCUAUAUUCGAGAGUGUAUCAUCAUCGGAAUUUGUGGUCUACUAUCAGGAACAACAAUUGGAUGAAUUAUUAAAAGAAAGGGAUUAUAAUCAAGAUAAAACCGAAACAGUUUAAGUGAAAAUAGUUUAAUUUAAAUUUUUAAUUAUACAAAUUUAUUAUUAAUUUAAUGGAAGAAAAGUGUUAGAAGAAAAAAAAAAACACUCGAAAAAUGGACACCUAACAAAACAGAAUAUUAAAGCAAUUCUUUCCUUUAGUUAUUUAAGUAACAAAUCUUAACUUUACUUCAAACUAUAUUAAAAUCUUUAGCUAUAAUUGUAAUAUACUGAAUUUAACUUAUUUUAUAUUUUUAUUAAAAAAAACAAACACACACACACAAACAGGAGAAAAUUUAAAACAAAAGAAAUUUCAAAACAUUUUAACUUAAAAAGUUUUGUGCUAGUAUCUCAGGUUAUACUAUAUUUAAUUAAUAUGAAUUAUGAAAUAAUUAUUAUGGUAUUCACUUAAAUAAAUCAUAGAGCAUAUCAUUUUUUAAAUUGAUUAAUACUAUGAGAAAUAUCGGAGGCUCUUGCGCUUCAAAUUGUGAUUACCCCCCCUAAGUAAGUUAUUGUAAUGUUUCAUUUUUUUAAUGUUAUAAUAACAUAUCGAAGAAGCUAUUUUAGUGAUAUUUUAUUCGAACAUAAACAAACAAAUAAAAAACAAAUUUGUAUUAUUUUUAUUAAAUUAGUAUUAAUUAUUAUUAUAUAAAUAUUAUUAUAAAGUUUUAGUUUAUAGUCUAUAUGUGUGUAGUUAUUAGUAUUAUUUGUUAUAAAUAUGUAUGAUGUUUAAUAAUAAUAAAAUUAUUAUUAUUAUUGUAUUCCUUGUUGAAGAAACAAAUUAAAACGAAUAAAUAAUGAUCAAACAAAUGAGCAAAUAAAAAAAUACAGAUUUUAAAUACCUAAA